AUGGUCAGCAUGCAGAAGAAAGUGCUGUUCUCUCUGGCUGCUCUGCUUAGUUUCUCGUGUGUGUUGAUCGUAGCAGCAGCUAUGGGUAGCACCAACUGGGUGAAAGCUACUGUUCUGUGCAAAACCGGUGCUCAGUUGGUCAAUGCUACUGGAUCAGAAUUGGAGAAAUUCAUCAGCAGUGUCAGCUACGGUCUCUUUCAUGGACAGAGGCUCAAACAAUGUGGACUGGGUGGAAGACCUUUGUCGUUCUCAUUUUUCCCAGAUCUGGUGGAUGUGAUCCCAGCAAGUUUACAUGUUAGCGUUAUCUUCUUCUGUGCAGUGCUCAUCGUGCUCUCUUCUGUAUGUUCAGCCUUCUUCACAUACAAUGCUUUUGGAAAUCCAUAUCAGACUCUACAUGGACCUCUUGGCCUCUACCUGUUUAUUUUCUUGUUUUCAGGUCUGUGCGGCUGUAUCAUCUUGAUCCUCUUUGCAUCUGAGGUUAAGCUGCAUCACCUGUCUGAAAGCAUUGCUAACUACAAAGAGGGAUCCUUCGUCUAUAAGAUGCACACUGAGGUGUUUGACCGCUCCUUCUGGCUCAUAUUCCUAGUCUUCCUCGUGCACGGCCUUAACAUCUUACUGAUCCGCCUGGCAGGCAUCCAGUUUCCCUUCCAGCAGGCUAAAGAGUUGGAAGUCAACACCAGUGCAGCAGAUCUCAUGUACUGA